AACAGUUGAGAUCGGACCAUGUCGGAGAGAAGACGUGUAGAAAGUAUCUCCGCGGCGAGUGUGCCGGCCGGGGAGGAGUUUAGUUCUUUAAAAGACGGGUUUUGGAACCCUAAGUACGAAGGUGAACCCAAGACUAGAUUAAGAUCGAAUACUCUGAUUACUACGGGUUCAACUAGACCUGAGACCCGACCCCGGAGAACCAUGUCCGUGUCGACAAAACAGAACCGUCCUACUCCGAGACCCAGGCUCAAUCCUAAACUUGGAAGUUUACAAGAACACGCCACUGGAGUAGACAUGGAUAAUGUUUACUCCACCCCGUGGUCCGACCAGGGUUGUAUUCGGACCCGGAUAUCCUCGGUGUCCUCCAGCUCCUCCUCCCUGUCCUCUUCAUCCUCCUCAAACCCGUCCUCUCCGACCAGUCUUAGUCCUGAACAGUUCUGGGCCAAGUACAAGAGAACCUGUGAGGGUUCAGUUUUUAAAACUCUUCUGUCCAAACUAUCAAUAUCUGAACUAGAACCCGUGGACUCCGAAGAACCCCUGUACGCUGAGAUAUACGGAGCUAAACCUUCCCAGAGUAAAAUAUCCCGUGAUUUGUUCCCAAUCCAACCUCCCCUACCCAGAAAGAACAGCAUAUCUAAACCCCCGGCUCGACCCCCAUAUCCAGCUUCAUCCAUUAAAAAAUAAAAAUCUCCUAGUCGAUAGAAGUGCCAUUAAAUAUAAGAUAGAAAACCACGUGAAAAUCCAAGUUGAACUGUAAUAUAAAUCUCAAUAAAUUAUAUUUAUGUAAAAAAUCAAAUUCUCUGAAUUAAAA